UUUCCGGUCUUUAUGAUAUAUGGGCGUUGGUUGUAGGAGUGUGUUAUUUUUUUUUUUUUUAAAUUGGUUAAUUGUUUACUUUUGUGAGAAGCUAGUGCUUAAAAAUUGAAUAACUACCUUAGGGAUGCCGGAGUGCGGUGGCCAGCCCGAGCUGCAGAAGAGCCAGUUGUUGGAGGCGAAGGAGGCGUUCCAGAAGCUGACGGAGAUCUCUGCGCUGCUCAACACGGGGCUGUCGCCGGAGGUGCUCGCGCACUGCGUCCGGCUGUGCGAGGCGGGCGUGAAUCCGGAGGUCCUGGCGCAGAUCCUGCUCGAGAUUCGCAAGGAGCUGUCCGCCAUCGGGUCUGGCUAUGAUGCGCCGGAGUGAACUCGCUUCCAGUCGACGAGCGAUUGAACUAAGAUUCACAUCAAUGAUGCAGAUGCAACUCUGUUCGAGACGAGGCGAGACUUCAGCGAACAUUUAUACGUUUGAUUGUUGAGUAUUCAUAUGAAACUAACAAAACAAACUCAAACAGACUGUGUGCACAGUAAGAUGUAUCUUUAAAUCACAUUGAAUUACGUGUUUCUACCAGAAAAUUUGCUAUGGUGUAAAAUAGAAGGUACCUAAUAAUAUUCUGAAUUAAAACACAUUUUUCUUAA